AAACUGAAACUUAAGUUAGAAUCCUAGCGUCCUGUUUUUCAGAAACUCCUUACUAAUGUGUAUGUGUUACUUUUCACUUAUAGCUCUGGAUUAUUGUUUACUCUUUUUAUACUACAGACAGUUAUAGACAGCAACAUUCAUACAACAACCACUCCAACUCCAACAGAUAUGGCUUCCAUCAGCAGUCUCGGGUCUGAGGAGCAGUUCCAGUGUUCUAUCUGUCUGGAUGUGUUCACUGAUCCAGUCACCAUUCAGUGUGGACACAACUUCUGCAUGGCAUGUAUCACUACAUAUUGGGACAGCACUGACCUGCUGUGUCAAUGUCCCAUGUGUAAAAAGACCUUUGAUAAGAGACCAGAUCUCUUUGUCAAUACUUUCAUUUCUGAGAUGGCUGCUCCUUUCAGGAAGCCAGUGCCAGAAAAAGCAGCCAGCCAGUCAGACCAGUGCCCAACUCUGCCUGCGGUGUCAUGUGACAUCUGCACUGGUACAAAGCUCAGGGCCCUGAAGUCCUGCCUUGUGUGUCAGGCCUCCUACUGUGAGACUCAUCUGGAGCCUCAUCAGAGAGUGACAGGCCUGAAGAAGCACAAGCUGAUCAACCCUGUGGAAAACCUGGAUGACAGGAUGUGUCAGAAGCAUGAGCGACCCCUGGAGCUGUUCUGUAGGACUGACCAGACGUGUGUGUGCCAUUUCUGCACUGAGGGAGAGCACAAGAACCACGACACAGCCCUUCUAGAGGAAGAGUACGGAGAGAGGAAGGCUAAUCUGGGGAAGACAAAAGAAGAAAUCCAACAGUUGGUCAAGGAAAGACUGACGAAAGUUCAGGAUAUUAAACUCUCAAUAGAUGUCAGCAAGAGAAACACAGAGAGAGAGAUAUCCAAGAGUGUGGAGGUCUUCACUGCUGUGGUGCACUCCAUCGAGAGAAGCAUGGCGGAGUUCAUUAAGGUUCUUGAGGAGAAGCAGAAAGCAGCUGAGCAAAAGGCUGAAGGGUUCAUUAAAAAACUGGAGCAGGAGAUCACAGAGCUCCAGAGGAGGAACACAGAGCUGGAGCAGCUCUCACACACUCAAGACCACCUUGUCUUUCUUCAAAGCUCCACAUCCAUGAGCGCCCUUCCACACACCAAGGACUGGUCUAGGAUCAGUAUUCACAGAAGUGUAGGGAGGGAAGGCAGAGCUCUGUCUCAGCUGGAGGACACAGUUCUCAGUGAAAUCAAGAGGUUGCGUCACGCUGAACUGAAGAGGAUUCAGCAAUAUGCAGUGGAUGUGACUCUAGACCCUAAUACAGCAUUACCUUCGCUCAUCCUGUAUAAGGAUGGAAAACAAGUGAAAGAUGGAUUAUUACAUAGCUAUGUGCUUUACAGCCCUGGGAGGUUUUCCCUCGCUCCAUGUGUCCUGGGGAAACGGGGCUUCUCCUCUGGGAGGUUCUACUAUGAGGUGCAGGUUAAGGGGAAGACAGACUGGGAUUUAGGAGUGGCAAGACAGAGUUUGUCAUCAGAGAAGGGAGGAUCACACUGGGUCAGCAAAAUGGAUUCUAGACUAUAUGGCUGAGGAAUGGAGAUCAGUACAAGGCUCUGGCCACCCCAGAUGUCCUCCUCUCUCUGAGAGAAAAGCCCCAGAAGGUGGGGGUGUUUGUGGACUAUGAGGAGGGUCAAGUCUCCUUUUGUGAUGUGGAGGCUAAGUCUCAUAUCUACUCUUUUACUGGCUGCACCUUCACUGAGAAACUCUACCCAUACUUUGGCCUUUUCGGAAACACCAGUGGUCAAAAUUCAGCUCCUCUGAUCAUCACCCCUAUCAACCCUGAAUAACUGCCUUACUGUAAAGUAGGAACUUCAGAAGGCUGUAUAAAUGUACCAAAUGUUCAAUAACACGUCAUUCAAUUCCCUGUAAUACUGUGGGGUGUACUGUAAAGGAUAGCACAUAUUAAGGAAAUAGGUUCAUAUUGACAGUUAGGUUAGGGUUAGAGAUACAGGGUUAGCAGCCUGACCUCCUUCUGGGUGGAUGGUGAACCUGGCGUUUCCUGAGGUGAUGGAGUAGCGUAUGUUGUUGAAGGGCCAGUCUGGGUCUCUGGCCAGCACCUCUCCUACAGCGCUGCCCAGCCUGCUGUCCUCACGCACAUUCAGCUCCAGGACCGUGAACACAGGCUCAAACUCGUUGACAGGAGUCACUGUCACCAGCACCCGCACCUGGGCUGCACACAGGGGCCAUGAACUGGGUUAAUUACAUCACUGCAGUGCUUCUGCACACAGACACACUCACAUCUUCACACUCAUGCCCACACACACAAAAGGUAGUGUUCACACCUACGCACAACAGACACACACAAACAUACACACACACACAGCAAACUGACUUGUGAGAGGAGGUUUGCCUGUGUCUGUUGCCAAGAUGGUAGCCUCAUACCGGAAGUUAUUGGAGGCUAUUUCAGCUGUGUCAUAGUCCAGAGUGUUGUUAACCUGUCAGAGAGUCAACUGAAUCAUUAUAAUGGCAAACUUAAUUGUUGUACUUUAAAAUAAUAAAAAUUAUAAGUUAUAAAUAAAUCCUUAUUUCAUUA